CCGCCUGUCACGUGACGUCAUCAACAUGGGUCAAAAGUCUGACAUUCUUGGCGUCACGUGACCACCGGCCGUCCUGCGUUAGCCGAUAGCUAGCUAGCGCUCGUCGUCAUGGCUUACUUCGGCCACCGGUUGUGCAGGGCUUUCUCUUCGUCGGCACUCAGGAGUGUGGCCGUCAAGCAUGUGGUCAUCAUCGGCGGAGGACAAAUGGGUGCGGGAAUCGCUCAGGUUGCUGCGUCAACUGGCCACCAGGUGACGCUCGUGGACACGUCUGACGCCAUCUUGACGAAGGCGGUUAAUGGCAUGGAAGCGAGCUUGAAGAGGGUGGUCAAGAAAAAGUUCGCCGACAAGCCCGAGGCGGGUGAGGCGUUCAUUGAGAAAGUUCUGCGCAGCGUGUCGACCGCCACGGACGCCAACUUGGCGGUUCAGAGCACGGACCUCGUUCUGGAGGCCAUCGUGGAAAACCUGAAAGUCAAGCAGGAUCUUUUCAGCCAGCUGGACAAGGCGGCGCCGGCACACACCAUCUUUGCUAGCAACACAUCCUCGCUGCCCAUCGGCGACAUCGCCAGCGCCACCUCCAGACUGGACCGCUUCGGCGGCCUCCACUUCUUCAACCCGGUCCCCAUGAUGAAACUCGUCGAGGUCAUCGGAACGUCGUCCACGAGCCAGGAAACGCUGGACUCCCUGAUGAACUUCAGCCGUGCGCUGGGCAAAACCACCGUGGCCUGCAAGGACACGCCCGGAUUCAUCGUGAAUCGCCUGCUCGUCCCCUACAUGCUGGAGGCCGUCCGGCUGCACGAGAGAGGUCACGGGUCCAAAGAAGACAUCGACGUGGCCAUGAAGCUCGGCGCCGGUUACCCAAUGGGACCCUUCGAGCUGCUGGACUACGUUGGACUGGACACGGCCAAGUUCAUCUUGGACGGUUGGAGCGCCGCGGACCCAAACAAUGCGCUCUUUGCUCCAAGCCCCUUGCUCGACAAGUUGGUCGCGGACGGGAAGUUUGGCAAAAAAACGGGAGAAGGAUUCUACAAGUACAAGUAACGGUGACAAAAACUGAAGGAGACUGCUAAACUCGAAGCUUGUAUCAGUGAUAAUGUGAGGAAUAAAUAAUGUGCCUGUU